UUUCAUCAACAGAGUUCAGUUUCACCAUAUCAUGCAAAUAUGUCACCUUUCGCAUAUCUAGGGUUUGUGUUUGCAGUUUUGGCAUUUGGUUUUGUGGAAGCCGAUCCUGAAGCAAUACAAGAUGGGUACAAGUCUUCAAUAGAAAUAUCCAUCAAUGAGCAUUCCAUCGUUCCAUCCAUGCUCAGGAUGAGCAAAAAUGAAAUUAAACUUCAUUGUCCCACCUGUUUCAGGGAAAUCGAGAACAUCUACAAUCAGAAUUGGACAACAUUUUUUCCAAACGGCGUACUUGAAGACAUUCUUAAGUUGAUAAAAUACUACUGCAAAGUUAUAGCACACAGUGAUGAUGCUGCUGCUAAUGAUGCUGAAGAAACAAAAAAAACAAAACAAGCAAUACUGGACAUUAAGGAAGAAAAAUUAGUCAAAUCUGUUGUUACAUUCUUCUUUAAAAAUACAGAAAAAACAAGUGAAAAAUCAUACUUCGACGGCUCGUUUUUGAAUAGAAUGGCUUCAUUUAACAAGGAAGAAGGUGGGAAGCUGAUGUUCAUCAAAAAUUACAGCUUGAUAAUAUGCCUCAAAAGUAUUGAACAUGCUUUCCCCAAAACUAACUCGGAUGAUUGGAUAUCCCGAACAAUGACUGAUGAGAAGGGUAAAGACGUCACAAUCAGAGUAAAGAAAUCAGAAUUCAAAGAUGUGUGGGACUGGGAUGCUGCUGAAACAGUGAAAGUAGACCUAUCAUUCACUCAACCUCAAGAAUCGGGACAACAUGAAUUCGCCAUUAAUUUAGAACCGGAGACAGCCAUCCAAAAAUCCGAAACCACAAUUCAUGAAACCACAAUUCAUGAAACCACUAUCACCAAGACCACCUUAAACCCUGAUGGCACCACCACAACGGAAACAACAACUACGACAAUAACGACCACUAGGAAAGGAUGAAAUAUCAUAGAACGCUACAUGACACAAUAUAAUUUUUCUUGAAUUAUACUUUAUCUAAUUA